AUGAGGGGUGAAGAUAAAAUAAUUGAACAUCAAGAUUUAGAACAAUCCACAGCAGUGAAUGACACAGUCUCUGCAUAUCAAGGAACGCAGGAGGAAACAGUUAUGAACCAAAAAGGUUUAGAUGGAAAUGAACCAACAGAAGUUUUGAAUGGCAGUGAAGAAAAGCUACAAGAAACACCAACUGAACCAAAUCAUUUGCAAAGACUAAAGCAGACAUUCGCUUGCCCUCCACAUGGCUUACUGGAUAGAAUAAUAACAAAUGUUACCAUGGUUGUUCUGCUGUGGGCAGUAGUUUGGUCAAUUACCGGCAGCGAAUGUCUUCCAGGAGGAAACCUUUUUGGAAUUAUAAUCCUUUUCUAUUGUGCCAUCAUUGGAGGUAAACUUUUUGGGCUUAUUAAGUUACCCACAUUGCCUCCACUGCCUCCUCUUCUCGGAAUGCUGCUUGCUGGGUUUCUCCUAAGAAAUGUUCCUGUCAUCAGUGAUAAUGUGCAGAUCAAGCACAAGUGGUCUUCUUCUUUGAGAAGCAUAGCCCUGUCUAUAAUAUUGGUUCGUGCUGGCCUUGGGCUUGAUUCGAAGGCUCUGAAGAAGCUGAAGGGAGUUUGUGUGCGAUUGUCCAUGGGUCCUUGUCUGGUGGAGGCAUGCACGUCUGCUGUUCUUGCCCGCUUCCUACUGGGUUUACCAUGGCAAUGGGCAUUUAUACUGGGUUUUGUUGUAGGUGCUGUCUCUCCAGCUGUCGUGGUGCCUUCAAUGCUACUUUUGCAGGAAGGAGGCUAUGGUGUUGAAAAAGGUGUCCCAACCUUACUCAUAGCUGCUGGAAGCUUCGAUGACAUUCUGGCCAUCACUGGCUUCAACACAUGCUUGGGCAUGGCCUUUUCCACAGGCUCCACAGUCCUCAAUGUCUUCAGAGGAGUUUUGGAGGUGGUGAUUGGUGUGGCAGCUGGAGCUCUUCUUGGAUUUUUCAUUCGGUACUUUCCAAGCAGGGACCAGGGCCAACUCGUGUGGAAGAGAGCAUUCCUCGUCCUGGGGCUCUCUGUGCUGGCCGUGUUCAGCAGCAUACAUUUCGGUUUCCCUGGGUCAGGAGGACUGUGCACCUUGGUCAUGGCUUUCCUUGCAGGCCUGGGAUGGACCAGCAAAAAGGCAGAGGUUCAAAAGAUUAUUGCAGUUGCCUGGGACAUUUUUCAACCCCUUCUCUUUGGACUGAUUGGAGCAGAGGUAUCUAUUGCGUCUCUCAGACCAGAAACUGUAGGCCUUUGCGUUGCCACCCUGGGCAUUGCAGUAUUGAUACGAAUGUUGACUACAUAUCUGAUGGUGUGUUUUGCUGGUUUUAACAUAAAGGAAAAGAUAUUCAUUUCUUUUGCAUGGCUUCCGAAGGCCACAGUCCAGGCUGCAAUAGGAUCUGUAGCUUUGGAUACAGCAAGAGCACACGAAGAUAAACAGUUAGAAGAAUAUGGAAUGGAUGUUUUGACAGUGGCAUUUUUGGCCAUCCUCAUCACAGCCCCAAUUGGAAGUCUACUGAUUGGUUUGCUGGGCCCCAGGCUUCUCCAGAAAGCUGAAUAUCAAAAUGAAGAUGAAGUUCAAGGAGAUAUUUCUACACAAUUUUAA